CCAAAACGUACAUUAUCACUCUUGUGGCCAGGCCAUGCCCAUCUUGUAUAAGAAAACCUCGCUCUCAUAUAACGGCCUCUCAGCUCUCAGCUCCUGUCAGAAGGAAGGAUGUCUUUUUCAAUUUUGUGAUUCCCACUGAGUUUGUCUCCCCUGAAGCUGUGCUCUAUUGCGUUGUCAAAAAGACUAGUCUGAAGCCAGAAGAUGCUCUCAUCUACUUCUAUGAUGAUUGCAAUUGCAACUUUGGCCAGUUUGGUGCAUUCCUCUGCUGCUUCUGAAUGUUUCCUCCUUUACAUUUAGAACGUCAUGUUGAAUCUUCAGUAAGUAAACCCGUAUAGCAAAUUAUUUUCGUAAGGUGGAAAUUUUCGUAGAUUUGUAAUGAAGAGCAUCAUACGAAAAUAAAUCUACCGCAAUAGAUUCAUCCUGAGCUGUAUGAAAAUUAGCCAAAAAUUUGCACCAACGAAAAUAACCCGCUAUAUGGUUAUAAAUUACUGUGAAAAAAGAUUAUUGAUGAUCGACGUCAAUGUGGGUUAUAAUGGGCUUCAACAAGCAUAAUACCGUAUAGCAGGUAAGUUUCAUCGGUAAACAAAAAUGUGCGUACGAACUAGAUCUACAUACAUACAGCUCAGGAUAGUGACAUUGAACACUAACUGAUACGAAAAAUACGACUGAAAAUGUCCACCGUACGAAAAUAACCUGCUAUAAUAUAUACGGUAGGCUGAAUUUGGGGCAGUAUAUAAAAGUUUAUGUGACAUCAGUAUGUCUCAGUUCACUUAAUUCAUGGUCAUUGUUACGUACUUCUGUUUCCGGAUCCUUUUCCGUUUCCAGCUUCCGUUUCCAGCUUCCGUUCAUGUUGUUAUGCGCAUGCGUACUGCAUUUGCAACAGAUUGUUUAUACAUGUAGAUCUUACUUACUGUUUAUCGCAAACACUAUACUCUGGAGGCAUUGUUAUUUACACUCGAGACACUGACAAAAGUCACAAAUAGUGAAAUACAAAAUGGCAGGAUCAGCAAGUGUAAAGGCGAUGUACCUAGAGAAUCCUGACCUUCAGGUGCACGAUCUGAAUGAAAUAGUCUCAACUGGUAGGAUGCUUGGAAAAGGUGCAUUUGGAAAAGUAAUGGAACUAGAGAUGGCGGGUACAAGAUAUGCUGGGAAACAGAUUCAUGAUAUUCUCCUCGGAAUUGAUGUUCUUGGUGUUAAGAGUAUAAUCAAAAAGUUUUCUGAUGAAUGCCGCUUGAUGGCUGCAGUUAAACAUCCAAAUGUUGUCCAGUUUAAUGGGAUUUGCUUUCUCAAUGACACCGACCAUCCUGUUCUUGUGAUGGAGUUAAUGGAUAUGAGUCUGGAUCACUUCCUUGAAGCACGACAAGGUCAUAUUCCCCUAUCUUUGAAAUAUAGAAUCUUACUAGAUAUCACUCGUGGACUCCUUUUUCUGCACACUCGUGAUCCAGUUAUCAUUCACCGAGACCUUACAUCUCGAAACGUUCUCUUGAACAAAGCAUCACUCCAGGCAAAGAUAGCAGAUUUGGGCAAUGCGCUUAUGACCGACUCCAAACAGUUGAUGAAUACUCUGAGCAAAAUGCCUGGAACUGCCUUGUACAUGCCACCAGAAGCCUCGGGUACUAAGCCUAUGUACGAUUCAUCUCUCGAUAUUUUCUCAUUUGGGCACCUGUCUCUAUAUGUAGCCACUGAAGUUUUUCCAGAUGACCUCCUUCCAGCCACUUACACUGAUACGUUUACUGAGAAAGUUGAAGGCAACAGUGAAGUAAAACGCCGUGAAGAGUACCUUAACAUACUUUAUAAUCGAAAAGAUCUUGCCGGAGAAGACCAUCCUUUUUGCAAAAUGGUCACAGGCUGCCUUCACAACCUUCCUAACAAAAGACCUACUGCCAAAGAAAUUUUGUGUAUCUUGGAAGAUGAAGCUGGUUCUCUAGAAGAUCCUUAUUCAUCACUGGAUGGUGCUUGCAAGCUUGAUCUCAUCGAGCUAGCCCAGGGUGCGGGUGAGCUAUCAAGGCAUUUACCUGGCAAUUCUCUUGCUCAAUCAAGCUCACAGUACACCAUGGAAUUCUCUGGGCGUGCACAUGCUUUGCGGAAUGGUGAGCCUGGAGUUCUUGAUGUCUAUCAAAAGAAAGGUAGAUUUGGGACGUUUGGGCAGUCAAUGGAAUGGAAACAAUAUGUUUUCAAGAUCCAAAAUGAACGUCUCAAGUACUACAAGUCAAACAGGCCUUCUAAAACUGCUGGGGAAAUACAUCUUCAGACAGUGACCUCCGUAUCAAAGUCUGAAAGCAAAGAUGCUUCGAGAUAUUCAUUCCUUGUCACUUUUGAUUCUGGCAGUACUCGGUCCAAGUUAAUCGGCAGUCACCUUCCAUCUUCUCCAUUGCAGCUAUCUACUGUUACUGCUGUGGAGCGUUUCAAUUGGAUGGAAGCUAUUCAACCAGGAUGUGUUUCUACAUAUAUCAGUACGGAUCAGCAACAAAAGAUUUGCAACGGUUCAUCUGACGGAGUGGAUUCUUCCGGAUAUGAACAGGUUGACAUUUAUGAGUCCAGUAGUACGGCUCUAGCUGAAGAUGCUAUUCAGGAUGUACUGCCAAAGCAAACCGCUGUUUCAGAAGAAGACGGGUAUGAGUGUGUUGAGGUAGCUGAUCAUCGUGAAAUGGAAACCACUUGCCAGCAGCCUUCUUGUCCAAAACAGAACGUCCAAGAUGAUCCAAGCAUAGGCAAUGAAACUGAUUACUCUCUUUAUGAUGAUGUUCCUGUUUCUUUGCAUUCCGAUGAUGAUUUUUUAUAUGAGGAUAUUCCACCAUUUUUCGUUCAGCCUAUUGCAACACCACAACCUACCCAACUUGGUAGUCACAUUUCUUCUUCACCUCUUCUGGCUCAACUAGACACUCGAGUUCCUCUUCCACCACAACAAUGCAUCAGCGUUCUUGCACCACCACUUCCAGCUCAACGCUCAAGUUAUGCUCAAAUUCCGAUUCCAGGCUGUCAGGUUUUUCCGACAAUGCCAUUUCAGCGUAAUCUUCCCCCGCCACCUCGUUCACCUAAACCAGGUUCUAGUGUACUGUCUGAAGAGAAUCUUUCUUCUAGUUUGGAACCAGUUCAGUUUGGUGCUGACCAAUUACAAACUCUCGCUGACAUGUAUGAGACACUCGGAAAAAUUUUUGAAAAGAGUCAAAGCACACCUGUGGAUCUAGCUUCAUUGUCAUCCUUCCAGCCACAAACUGUGACUGAAAAUCUGCCACCAUCUUCUGGUUAUGAAAACAUUUACGAUGAAGUUGAAAAAAGUAGUGCAACUGAGAAUACUUCAGAACGGCCAAAGCCCCCAGUUCCAAAGCCCCGUAAAUUGAAAGUAUCACAACACCCUCCUCAUUUAGAAGCUGACGCACAAGAUUCUGAACUUCCCAACCAAUACAUGGAAAUGAAAAUGUUGAUGGUGGAUUCAGAUGAUGCAGAUUCUGACGACCCUGAGUAUGAGCCUAGACCAGAAUGGGCAAAAGCAACCACAACAUUGUUGCAAGAAGAUGAGUCUCUUCAAGUAUUGCAGCAAAAACAACUGUUCAUUCCUAGGUCAAAAAUCCAAAACUUGAUACAGAUUGGCAAAGGUCACUAUGGUAAAGUGUACAAAGCCGAGUACACAAGAGGAACUGGUCAAAAUCUGAUUGUGGCUGUGAAGACAAUCAAGAAGUACACAGAUCAAAAGGCUCAUGAUGAUUUUCUGAAAGAAAUGGGGAUCAUGUCACAAUUUGUCCACCCAAAUAUCAUCAAGCUGUAUGGUAUUGUGCAACAAGAUUCCCCUUGGAUCAUUUUAGAGUAUCUAGAAAAUGGUGACCUGAAGAGUUUUCUGAAGAAAAACCCCAACUGUCCUGUGUCAACACUGGUGAAGUACAUGCUAGAUGUAGCGACUGGAAUGGACUACAUCGCAAAGAUUGGUUUAGUACACAGGGACAUUGCCGCAAGGAACAUCAUUGUCGGAUCGAAUGAGACAUGUAAAAUUUCAGAUUUUGGCCUUCUUAGAGAAAUUCCGAAGGAUGAUUCCAUUUAUGUGUCGAAACAGCUAGGACCUGUGCCAGUUCGAUGGAUGGCUCCAGAGAGUUUGCUUCGUAGAGAAUUUUCUACAGCCACAGAUGUGUGGAGUUACGGUGUGUUGCUGUGGGAGCUAAUUCACCCAUCGGAAGUGCCGUACGCAAAGGUUGUCACUAAUCUUGAAUGUGCUGCAAGAGUGACAACAGGGUUGAGAUUAGUUGUUCCUUGUGAGUAUCCUGAUGAAGUCAAAAGAAUCAUGAGAUCAUGCUGGCAAAAAGAGGCUGCUAAGCGACCAAGUUUUUUACUUAUCUCCACUGUUCUUCAACAUCUUGUAACAUUCCAAUAGGCUUGUUAGCUGAAAAGAACCCAGCAUUACUGCAUAUAGAUCUAUAUACAUGUACUGUAUAGUAGAAUCUUAAUUGACUGUCAAUUAUCAUAUAUACCCAGGACAUUAUGCAUGACUGUACAGUCUAGCUAGCUAGCUAUAAUAAGUCUGUUCACUAAUUAUUGUGUUAAUUAAUACCAUACAUUUGACUUUG